GUAAUAUUAAGUUGUCGAUCCUGAUAUUUUAUUAGUCAUCCUUCAUUUGAAAACUGGAAUUAUUUUUAUCAUACAAUACUCCGAUAAGAUACUCGUAAAGUUCAAUAUGAUGAUUAACCGCAUCACCGAUUACUUUAGUUUAAUAUUGGGUUCGAUUUAAGAUAAAAGUACGGUUCAAAAUAAUUGAAAAUUGACAAAUUAUUAUUUUCGAUAAAUGACAAACCCUCAAAAUACGAGUACUGGCGACGCCAGGGACGCUUUUUUAUUCGAAGAUAUCGAAAAUUACAAAUUCGGUUACGUGGACGGAUUAGGUAAAAUAGAAACUUUGGUUUUUUUGGAUUAUUCCAAAAGAGUUGUCUGUUUUGUAGAGCGAAUGGGAAAGAUUUUUGCACCUUUAAAACAUGAUAUGAAUGGAAAUAUAAAUAAAUUAACCAAAAAGUAUCUUGAAAAUGAAACAUCUUACAAAUACCUUGAUGAUAUGAUUUUGGAUGAGAAGAAACAGAAAAAAGAUGUGGCUACUGAUGCUUUGAUGUGGCUCAGAAGGGGGUUACAUUUUUUAGCUACAUUUUUUCAACUUAUUGUUGAUGAUAAAACUCAACAAGAAAGUUUAGUUCAAUUUAUUAGAACUGCUUAUGAAGAAGUUUUGCAACGUUAUCAUGGCUGGAUGGGAGUUCAGUUAUUUAAUCAUCCUUCUCAACAAAGCUACCAAGGUACACGAAUGUUUCAACUCGUUCCAAGUCUCUUCCAAUCACUUAACUUAGUUUAGACUACAGAAGUGAUCCUCAUCUCCUUCGUUUUUUUGCUUCUGCCUCAUCUUAUGUUAGUAGGCAAAUGUUGUUUGCAAACUCAAGGUUAUCAAGUUUAUCAUGGAGCAGUUGAGAUGGAACCCACAAGGAGUACGGAGACGAGGACGCCCAAGAAUGACAUGAAAAAGAACUGUUAAAAAAGAAGCAAUAGAAGCCUCCUAUGCUUCACCAGGAGUGAUAGGAAACACGCCAAGUAAGUUGGGUCAGCAAUUUCUUUCUUAAGAAUCUUUUGAUCAAUACGGUGCAAAGUUUCUAAAGAUGAAAAAUUUUUUCAGAACUAAGUAAGUUCUUAUUAGAAGAGCCUUUUUAACUCAGCCAUUUAUUUCAUAUAUAAAUUCCUACGUUUUAGCUUGCAUAGCACUAUCAAUGAUUAUGCUAAUAUUAAAUAUCUAAAACUCCAUAGUGCAGCUUUAGUUUUGUUGAUAAGGUUAUCAGCUGUGAUUUGUUUAUAUAAACAUGGUAUAAGUUACUUAUUAUACAGGAAGUAUAUCGUUAGUUUCAAAUAGAGUCAUUUUCAGAAGAUCUAGCAUGUCAGUA